AUGUCAGGCACAUACUCCAAAGCCGACGUGCAGUCGCACAACAAGGCCGACAACCUCUGGAUCAUUGUCGACGACGAUGUCUACGACUUGACCAAGUUCCAAGAAGAGCACCCCGGCGGCAAGAAGAUCCUCCAACGAGUGGCUGGAAAAGAUGCCAGCAAGCAGUUCUGGAAGUACCACAAUGAGGGCAUCCUAAAGAAGUACCAGAAGCAACUUCAGGUCGGCUCUCUGGACUCAAAGGCCCAGGCCGCUCCUCCCACACCUCCCGCUACGCCUCCUCCGGCAGCAAAGAAGGAGAAGGAGAUUGUCAAGCCCGAGGCCGAGUCUGGCACCGUGGCUCCCCAGCCCGGUGCUGAUGCCAAAGAGAUGGCCGAAGCUCUCGAUCAGUUCGGUGAUAUGGUCCCCGGCGGUGACCCGAAUUGGUACCAAUCUGUAAGCACUCCACGCCAUACACUGCAGAGGCCUGCUAAUGUGUAUGCCAGUNACCACUCGCCCUACUUCAACCAAUCCCACGCCGACCUCCGCGCCGAAGUCCGAGAAUGGAUGGAAAACGAAAUCAUACCAAACGUCACCGAAUGGGACGAGGCCAGAAAAGUGCCAGACUCAGUAUACAAGGCCAUGGGCGAGCGCGGAUACCUCGCAGGUCUGAUGGGUGUCCAUUAUCCCAAGGACCUCACCGACAAGCGUGUCAAGUCUGUCGCGCCAGAGAAGUGGGAUCUGUUCCAUGAAAUGCUGAUCACCGACGAGAUCUCGAGAUCUGGCAGUGGUGGUUUUGUCUGGAACCUGAUCGGUGGCUUUGGCAUCGGUGCCCCUCCAGUCCUCAAGUACGGAAAGAAAGAGCUGGUACAGAGAAUCAUGCCUGGUAUCCUGAGCGGAGACAAGAGAAUUUGCUUGGCCAUCACCGAGCCCGAUGCUGGUUCCGACGUCGCCAAUCUGACCUGCGAGGCCAAAUUGAGCGAAGAUGGCAAGCACUACAUCGUCAAUGGCGAGAAGAAGUGGAUUACCAACGGUAUCUGGUCCGACUACUUCACCACUGCUGUCCGUACAGGAGGCGAGGGCAUGAACGGUGUCACAGCCACCAGCCACGAACGCAUCGGUAUCAUCAUCCAAUGUCUGCGCUUCUCGCGCGUCUGCUACGAGGAAUCGAUGAAGUACGCCCACAAGCGACGAACCUUCGGCAAANAACUCAUCGAACACCCCGUCAUCCGCCUCAAGCUAGCCCACAUGUUCCGCCAGAUCGAAGCCUCGUACUCGUGGAUGGAAAACCUUAUCUACCAGUGCCAGCAGAUGAACGAAGUAGAGGCCAUGCUGAAACUCGGGNGUGCCAUUGCCGGUCUCAAAGCCCAAGCAACCACCACCUUUGAGUUUUGCGCCCGCGAGGCCAGUCAGAUCUUUGGUGGUCUCAGCUAUAGCCGCGGUGGCCAGGGCGCCAAGGUCGAACGGCUGUACAGAGAUGUCAGGGCGUACGCCAUCCCCGGUGGCAGUGAGGAGAUCAUGCUGGAUUUGAGCAUUCGCCAGUCCCUGAGGGUGCACAAGGCUUUGGGCAUGAAGUUGUAA